AUAAUAAGUGUCGGUCGUCGUGCAGAGCUGCUGUAAUUUAGCUGUUUAGUGUUUAGUGCUUAAAUUAUUAUUGUUAAGUGUUAACAUUUUUCUAUCGCACAACGUAAUAGUUAAAAGAUCAUUAAAACAGAAAAUUAUCGUCCAAUUCAAAUGACAGUCUACUAAUGCAGACCUUUAAGAUUUAUCUGCAAUACAAUCGUGACGUUGAAAUGUCUACUAGUUAAUACGAGCAAUUUGGAAUCAGUCAACUUUGUCUCGAUUUCUAGUACUUGGCAUUCGACGUUUAUAAUUUAAGCCCUGUUAUUCUUCAUAUAUUGUGAAAAUUCGGAAUAACUAUGAGCGUGGUACAAGGUGGACUCAGUAAACUGAAGAAAAAACACAUUGGUGUGAAGAGACAGAAGGUUAAGUUAUUCCGUGCAAAUGAGCCACUGCUGUCAGUUCUCAUGUGGGGUGUAAAUCAUACUAUUAAUGAAUUGAGCCAUGUAACAAUACCAGUGAUGCUACUGCCUGAUGAUUUUCGAGCGUAUUCAAAAGUUAAAGUUGACAACCAUUUGUUCAACAAGGAGAAUAUGCCUAGCCAUUUUAAAAUCAAAGAAUACUGUCCAUUGGUGUUCCGUAAUCUGAGGGAACGUUUUGGUAUUGAUGAUCUUGAUUAUAAAGAGUCAAUGACUAGAUCACAACCUGUUUCAGCAGAUGCAACAGGCAAAAGUAAUGCAGGUUUUUACUAUUCAUACGACAAAUUAUUCAUCAUUAAAACAUUAACAAGUGAAGAAGUUGAAAGAAUGCACUCAUUUUUAAAACACUAUCAUCCUUAUAUAGUUGAAAGACAUGGAAAAACUCUUCUUCCUCAAUAUUUGGGAAUGUAUCGCUUGACUGUUGAUGGCGAUGAACAUUAUGUUGUAGCCAUGAGAAAUGUGUUUAGCAAUCAUUUGGCCACACAUAGAAAAUUUGAUCUCAAAGGUUCCACAGUAGAUAGAGAAGCUUCAGAUAAGGAGAAGGAAAAAGACUUACCAACAUACAAAGACAAUGAUUUUGUCAAAGAACGUACAAAAAUAUAUAUUGGAGAUGAAGCAAAAGAUAAGUUAUUAGAAACAUUAGGAGCAGAUGUUGACUUUUUGACGGGUUUACAUUUGAUGGACUAUAGCCUGUUAUUAGGCAUACAUGAUUGUACUCGUGCAGAGCGUGAAAGGGAAGAGGCAAUUGCUAGUGGUACUGGAGAUAUUAAUGCAGAAGAAGAAGAUGAAGAUGCUGAAGACAGCGAGGGUGCUGGGAAUACAGUGACUUGGGCAAAUACUCCUCCAGAUUCUCCACAUAGUUUAUUAGCUCGUGAUACAAGUCUCUGCCAGUAUGAUGCAGCAGCUAUCAUACCUGAUCUCGAUAUUUAUGCCAUACCUAGUAGUGAAGGUGCACCAGUUCGAGAAAUUUAUUUCAUCGCAUUGAUUGAUGUACUUACACAUUAUGGCGUUAAAAAGCAGGCAGCCAAAGCAGCUAAAACAUUGAAGCAUGGAUCAAAUGUGGAUGGCAUAUCAACAUGCGAUCCAGAACAAUAUGGCAAACGUUUUAUUGAGUUUUUAUCAAAAGCCAUUGAAUAAAUUAUUAUUUAAAAUUUCUUCCAUUUUGAAAACAAACAAUAUAUAGUGUGCUAAGUAUUAUUAUUUAACGCUAGUUUUGUAUACAGCAACGCUUGCUUUAAACACUAUAUAUUACUACUGGUUUGAAAUGAACGUACUUUAUUUUUUACAUA